ACAGUAUUCGCAAUAGAAUGGUGCCAUUGACAUUAAAAAAAAGUUAGUGAACGUUCCGUUUCGCGCGCAAAUUAAAGAUAAAUGUCCCUUGAAAGGAAAGUUACUGAUUAUUGUGUUGUGAUAUGACGAGACUGCGUAUUAUGGAGAUGUUGAAAAGGAGGGCAGCGGCCGCGCGCUUCGGCGUAGGUCGUGCGCGCACCAUGCUCACGAGCAUCAAGGGCUUCUGGAAGGUUUGCCGAUAUGGUGAUCUCUACAUGGUGCUGGCGGCGCUGGCCGCGCAGUCCAUCAAUAUAUCGGUGGGCUUCUGCCAAGGCUUCUCGGCGGUGCUGCUGCCCCAGUACACCCACGAGCACCCUAACAUCACAUACGAGCAGAGCUCAUGGAUCGCCAGUCUUGGUGUUAUUUCAAACCCCAUCGGUGCGCUUCUCGGCGGCAUGAUGGUGGACGCGGUGGGCAGGAGGCUGCUGCUCCAGUCCAUCGUCCUGCCCAAUUUGAUAGGCUGGCUGGUCAUCGCUUUCUCCGAGGCGUAUGUCUUCCUGUGUGUCGGACGAUUCAUCACCGGAUUUACCAUCGGCAUGUCAACAGCAUCAUACAUAUACGUUGCUGAAAUAACAACACCUGAAAAACGAGGAGUUCUGAGCGCCGUUGGUCCGGGUUUGGUUUCGACGGGAAUCUUCAUCGUCUAUUUCUUGGGAGCCUUCAUUCAUUGGAGGCAUGUCGCCGCGAUCUGCGCAGGCUUCUCCCUGCUCACUCCUUUCCUGAUGUACUUCGUACCGGAGUCACCACUCUGGCUAGCAUCAAAGGGACAAAUGAAAGAGGCCUAUAGCGCCUUGUUCUGGCUGAGACAAAACAACAGCACAGCGCAGCAGGAGCUGAUGGAGUUCACGAAGGAUCGGAAGACGAGUGAGAACAUGACCUUCAAACAGAAACUCGGUCUCUUCAAGAGGCGUAACGUCUUGAAACCGUUCGCUUUAUUGAUUGUAUUCUUCAUUUUCCAAGAGAUGUCGGGCAUUUACGUUAUUUUGUACUACGCGGUAGACUUCUUCAAGUCAGUCGGGACGAGUGUGAACGAGUUUACGGCUUCGAUCAUUGUUGGGGGCGUCAGAGUAUUUAUGGGCGCUGUGGGUGCUUGUUUGAUCAACAGCUUCAGGCGGAAAACCUUGGCGACCGCCUCAGGUCUAUUGCUAGGGGUCGCGAUGCUCGGUGCAGCGAUAUGCGAUACCUUAGACGGUCCGCCAUUAAUAAAACUUGCCUGCAUAUUGCUCCAUGUCUCCUUCAGCAUGGUUGGCUUCUUGCAAUUGCCUUGGAUCAUGUCUGGAGAGUUGUACCCUCAGGAUAUUAGAGGUGUUAUGUCUGGAGCCACUUCCUGUUGCGCUUACGUGUUAAUAUUCUUUAACAUAAAGACCUACCCGCAGUUGGAAUAUUACAUAACUAGUAAUGGAACUUUGUAUCUGUUCGCUGUGUGUGCGCUUUUAGGUGCGACGUACUGUCUUCUUUUCCUGCCUGAGACCAAGGGUAUGACUCUGUCCGAGAUCAUAAGACAGUUUGAAGAUGAGAAGAAAGAAGUCGACCCAGAAAUCGGUUGUGAUAAACAAAACAAAAUAGAAGCUAGGCCUGUUCAAAGGCGGCAUAGCGCCGGCGCGGCAGUUUCAUUAGAGAAAUGCGAUAUAUUAACGCCGCGUUGGACGCAAAAGGAGACAGCAAAGAAGAUGGCGGUUCACGAAUAAGUUCCUAAUGACUAUCGGUUACGAGAGCUUGUAAUUGUUUUAAGUGUUGUACAGUUUGUUUAUAUUUACAAAUGGUCGUGAUCAGUAUUAUAGAAGUUUCGAGUGAUUAUUUUAUGUAGCUUUAGUGAUUUAUACACAACAUUCCCUAGUUUAAAUAUACAAGGUGACGUUAUAACGAAUUAUUUAAGUAAUUUUUAGUACAAAUGAAGUUCGUUGGUUUGGAACAUAACACGGGCCACCGACAGACCGGAGGGGACAGCCAUUCCCUUCUAUCAAAGUACAAGUUCACAUGGUCCUAUGCUAACAAUUAUACUAUUUGCAGCCGGACUAUUCCAUAGACAGAAUCGACGUCCUACAAAACUACCAAAUUGUUCAGUUUUUGCUGCAAAAAGAGAUCUGUCAAGUCAAAUUUACAAUAAGAUGUAUAAUAUAAAGUAAUUUUCAUCAUAUUAUUGCUAUUUACUUCUUUUUAAAUUUAAAAAUUACAAUAGUACUGUCGUGUUGUUUUAGAUUUGUUUACCAACACAGGCCGCUUGCCCUCAUACAAUAUGCAGAUCGGUCGAGCAACUGAUCCGAGUCUGUAUCAGAUUUGUCGCUUUUAUCGAGCGAUACUUUUAUAAUGUAUCUAUUCGUGUGUGAUAUUUUUAGUAUAUUAUUUUAAUUUUUAAGUGUGGGUUUCAUAGUAACAGACGAUUGUUUUUUAUGUAGGCAGAUUUCCGCCCGCAAAAAUUACUGACAGUUCUAUAUCGGGAAAAACGCUAUGGCUUCUCCCCUACGGUGCGCAGUUGGCCCGUGUUAUGCUCUAUGGUUUGGAAUAGCAUUGCAAUAUAGUGUGAUUUUUUUAGUUAGAAACUACGUUAUUAUCACAACAGGGUGACUGCGUGCCUUAUGGCAUACUUACAAAAUAAUUUUUAAUAAUUAUUAAUACAUUAAGAUUAGCACAAUAAGGCGAUUUAAAUGCUGUGAUGAUGUUGAAUAUGUUUAAUUAAUAUUUUUGUGUGAAUAAAAUUGUGUGAUGUUAUUAAUAUUUGUUUUAUUUAUAAUAAAAAUUAAUAAAAAAAUGUGCCGUGAUAAAGUAUAAUAUUAUAAUAAUAUAUAAAUAUAAAUGAAUACAUGAUUGAUAAAAAACCCCUGGGAACAAGGAUAUAGCUUCUAAGCUGAUUUUUAAAUUCACCAUACGAAACACAGCAGUAUUAAGCUGCUAUUUUACGGCGGUAUUCUGUGAGAGCGUGGUUCUACCCGGUCGAGUCGACCAGUUAGUGUCACAACCAUAAUAUAGCUGCAGCAUCUGUGAAACCACGUGUGAAAACAAGAUGAGGUGAUUUUUGAUAUCUCAUAUUAUCUAACGCAAAAAAUAAUCGACCGAAUCGAAAAUAUAAUAUCAAUCAAUUAACAUCAAUGAUGCAAUAUAUAACUUUGUAACGACGUUACUUUCGGAUAAUAUGAAGUCCCAACAUUGUUGUCACGAGCAGAGGUGUUACUAAAUAAAAUAUUCACGAGAGAAAUUGAACCGGUGCCUAGACUGCUACUAGCCUAAACUUAAUAGAUUAUAAUAUCUCUAUCUAUUUUAUAAAACUUCAUCACUUCUAUUUGACGCUCGUUAACUGAAUCAGAUCUCUGUGAACUAGCUUGGAAUAUGGAAGCUUCACUUUUGAAGUAUACUUAGAAAAUCAGUGAAAUAUAGAUUAUAUUAGAAAAUCUCUUCUCUACAUAGUAUAAAACAAAGUCGUUUCCCGCCGUCUGUACACUUAGAUCUUUUAAACUACGCAAUGGAUUUUGAUGCCGUUCUCAUCAAUAGACAGAAUGAUUCAAGAGGACACUUUAUAUGUAUACAUGCAUAUUAUAUAAUUCUUCUGUCCGUGUAUAUGUUACUGAACUUCUCCUAAAAGACUGGACCGAUUUUGAUGAAAUUUCGUGUGUGUGAUUAAGUUGAUUAGGGAAUGGUUUAGAUUCACAAUUGCCCCGGUAGGUGUCGUUGUUGUCGAGAUCCAGAAAUCAAACGUGCGAAGCCGGGGCAGAUCACUAGUAUAAUAUAUUUAUAUUUUAAAAACUACUAAAAAUAUCAUCAAAUAAUUUUUAUUAAAUUGUAAUAUAAGCUUGCUUGAAACUCAUAGAAAGAUGAGAGUAAGUUUGUACCCUUGGUGUUUGUGCUAUACAAGCUGGUGUUAGUAACUCCACGAUAACUCUCAAACUACUAGUCAUCCCUAGCUACUACGUAAGCCGGUACUGGCAAGGAUCCGGUCUACCUCCUUGCCGUCAGAAUUUCUGUAAGCGGAACAAGGAUUAUUAAUCCUCUCUGACGAGAGAUGCGGAACCAGGAGAUAAAGCGUGUAUAAGCGAAAUAAGCCGUCAAGAAAAACUAAUCUUGAUUAAAUUUCUAUGAGACUACAUUAUCCAAAUCGGUUCACAUAGAAAAAGUUUUGAGGUAGCACACAUAAAACAAUACAGUCGGAUUGAGAACCUCCUUCUAUUAUUGAAGUCGGUUGAGAAAACAUCAUCAAUGUAGUCGAAGUCAAUUAAACACGCAUUAUUAAGGGUAACUCUAAAACUACGAUUACUAGUUAGAUUUUGAUUAAAUUUCUAUGGGACCACAUGAAAAGCACCAGGUUAGCUUAC